GAUGCUAUUGUACUGAACACAAAACCGUCGUCUCGUUAGGGUUCUAGCGGACCUGUAAUCUCCCUCUUGUUGAGGCGAAACUCCAGACUCUCAAAAGUUGAAUACCAAACCAGUCAGCCAUUGCUUGUGUAAUGGGAAGCACGAUCAGAUCAAUCAAGAGCUUCAAUUCUAAUUUCUGAAACAUGGACACCUCUUCCUCUACUCCUUUACAGCCGCCGGAACCGAAGAAGCUCAAAAUGUCGUCCACCUCCGACGACGAUGACGACACCAAACCCGAAUCAACCGACUAUAUUUCAAUCCCUCCAACUGAGAAGAAGUUCAGAUUCAAGCGUCGGAAAGUCGCCAUCUUUCUCGCUUACUGCGGCGUUGGUUAUCAGGGUAUGCAGAGGAAUCCCGGAGCCAAAACUAUAGAAGGUGACCUCGAACAAGCCCUCUCCCUCUCCGGUGGUAUCUCUGAAGCUGACCGUGGUAAACCACCGCGAUAUGACUGGGCACGCUCUGCUCGUACCGACAAGGGUGUCAGCGCCGUCGGUCAGGUCGUCUCGGGCCGCUUCUACAUCGACCCACCUGGCUUCGUCGAUCGUCUCCAAUCCAAUCUCUCCCCGCAGAUUCGUAUCUUCGGUUUCAAGCGUGUCACUGCUUCCUUCAACGCCAAAAAGUUCUGCGAUCGGCGGAGGUAUCUCUAUCUUAUUCCUGUUUUCGCACUUGAUCCCACUUCUCAUCCCGAUAGAGAGACUGUGUUGGCUAGUUUGGGUUCGGAGAAUGAGCUCGCUAAGUGUCUUGAGUGCUCGGAGAGAGGGCGUAAGGUUGUCGGUGUUAUGGGCAGACGCAACUCUGAAACAAGGACUGCGGAAAAUGGCGAUAAUGCUGUUCCUGAUUCAGAAGCCUUAAUGGAGUCUAGGGUUUCCUGCGGCAAUGGUGUUGACACUGUUUCCCACUCUGAACCAUUGGUGGAGUUUGAGGUUUCUUCUAACAACCCUAAUUCUGUUUCGGUCACUGAGACCACAGUGGAGCCCGUUAUUUCUUCUAACGACGGUGUUACUGUUACGCACUCUGAACCUGCGGAGUCUGUACCACAAUCCGAACUCACACAAGAGAAUAAGGUUUCUGCGGAUAAUGGUUUUAGUGUUUCUCACUCUGACAUAGCAGAAAAUCCAAAGACUACUACGGAGGAAGAAAAUGGGGAGCCCAGUUUAGUUAGGUGUAGUAAUGGGGAGAACACAACUGAAAAGAUCAGAGCUUUUUUUUACGACGAGAAGGAGAGGGAGAGGUUCAACAGAAUUCUGAAGCAUUACGAGGGAACUCACAAUUUUCACAAUUUCACAACCAGAACGAAAGCUGAGGAUCCUUCAGCCCAGCGCUACAUUGUGUCGUUUGUUGCAAAUCAUGUUGUUAAUGUUGGAGGGAUAGAUUUUAUCAAGUGCGAGGUUGUGGGACAGAGCUUCAUGCUUCAUCAGAUUCGAAAGAUGGUUGGGCUUGCAGUGGCUGUCAUGAGGGAUGUUGCUUCGGAGUCAUUGAUCGAAGCUGCUCUGCAAAAGGAUAUAAGAAUCAAUGUGCCUACAGCUCCAGAGGUUGGUCUGUACCUUGACGAGUGUUUUUUCACUUCAUACAACCAGAAAUGGAAAGACACACAUGAACCUUUGAACAUGGAAGCUUAUGCUGCAGAAGCAGAGGAGUUUAAAAUGAAGGAGAUAUACACCCACAUUGCAUCCACCGAACAGAAGGAGGGAGUUGUGGCCCUCUGGUUGCACUCACUAAACCACCGUAAUUAUCCUGAUUUACGUUUCACUGGUGCUAAUGAAACCUGCGCCAACACAGAAACCCCUCAAGUAGAACAGGUCAUCUAAAACUUUUUAUAAGAUUGUUCCUCAGAUUUGGGUGAGCAUCAUAACCUGAUAUUAGACUCUUUUAUUUGUAGCUUUUGGAGGGAAUAGUUGUCAACUACAGCUUAUUGAUGAUGCAUGCAUCUCUGCUUUAUUUAGAGGAUGCCAAGUCAUCUGUAAUAGAAAUUUAAAUGUGGAGUUUGUUUCACAUGAAAAACUAUUUUGCCCCAUUUUGAAGUUGAACAUCAUUGAUUCUGUUUAA